AUGGACCACGACAACCACCACCACCACCUCGUCCAGCACCACAGCCGCCCCAAGCGGGUGUCCAUCCUCAACAACGACGACAACCCGUCCUUCGCCGUGCCGCGCAGUGCGCCCAAAGCCAGGCCCGCGCCCGCCAUCACCACCACCACCACCACCACCACCACCACUGACGACCGCCGCCAGCAUCACCACCACCAACACCCGCAGCAGCACCACCAUCACCAUCACCACCACGCCCGCUCGGGCUCGACAUACACCGACAUCGACUCCUCGCCGCGCGCCUUCUACACCGAAUCCCCGCCCGCCGCCGCCGCUCAGGCCCCCGCAUACGCGCAGCUGCAGCCACACCCGUCGUCGUCGCCGUCACCACCCUCGCCCUUCAGCGCCAGAGGAGCACAUCACACCCGUACCAGCACCAGCACCAGCACCACCACCAGCACCACCAAGCAGCAGCAGCAGCAGCAGCAGGGUCCUCCGCCGCCGCUGCCGCCGCCCAGCAAGAAGAACAAGUACCCCUGUCCCUACGCAUCCUCGCACGCGUGCGCCGCGACCUUCACCACCUCGGGCCACGCCGCGCGCCACGGCAAGACGCACACGGGCGAGAAGAGCGUGCACUGCCCGGUCUGCAACAAGGCCUUCACGCGCAAGGACAACAUGAAGCAGCACCAGCGCACCCACCGCGCCCUGGACCGCGACCUCACCCCGCCGCCGCCGCCGCCGCCCUCCACCACCACCACUACCACGACGUCGUCCUGGCCCACGUCCGGCUCCACUCCCCAGCCCAGGCCCGGUGCUGCUGCUGCUGGUGGUGGGUACGGCCAGGCGGACUUGGACUCGUCACCGACGUCCCUGAGAUCGAGCAGUUGGUCGAGCGCACCGAAGAACCAUGCUCGCCAUGCCCCGUCGUCCAACUUCGAGUUAAAUUGA